AUUUAUAAUAGUUUGUAGGGCAUUUGUUGUAAUUCCUACUAAGUGCCGUUGCAAAGGCUAAUCCCCAACUCCACAGCCACAACAAGACAACCAUGGCCGCCUUGAGGACGCUUUCGGCCCUGCCAACCAUGAUAUGUACACGUGCCCUCUCUUCUAGUCCAGUAUCCUGUGCCAAGGCAGUCAAGGACCCAGGAAUUGUCCUGAAGGAAAGAUUGUGGCAAAAAGAGUUCCAUCAGAAAACCAAAGGGAAAAUAUAUGACAAGAAGCCCUUUAAGAUGACAUUGAGACAAGGCAAGAAGUACAUGUGGUGUGCCUGCGGUCAAAGCAAAACACAGCCUCUGUGUGAUGGUACUCACUUAAUGCAGCAACUGAAGAUCUCUCAAAAGCCCUUGGUCUUUUAUGCUCCAGAAACCAAAGAAGUUUGGCUGUGCAACUGUAAACAGACAAAGAAUGCUCCAUUUUGUGAUGGCACACACCGCAACAAAGAGAUUCAAGAAGCCAUUAAAUAAGAAUGAGUGAGUUAUGUUUAUGUAGGACCAGUUUUCAUGAUUUUGUUGGUGGUCAUGUAGAUGGAGCAGAGGAAGUGUUGAGUGUAUGCAAGUAAUUGUUGAACAGAGAACAUGUUAAUAUUUAUACUGUACAAUAAUAGAUAAGAUUAUUUAUGAUUACUUGUAUAUUGAUGCAUAUUGUAUAUUAUGUAGAUUUUAUGAUACUUUACUUUUGUCCAUUGGGGCCGUUCAGGAAUGCUGCGUGUGCGUGAUGAGUAAGACCAACAUUCAGGAUAAGUAUGUUAGAUCACGGCUGUGACUCAAUGAUGUCAUGAAAGCAUACUUUACUCUUAAUUCUACAGUAAUACAAUUUAACUGUAAGAGUAAUAUGGGAAGUUUGUUUGAAGAAAACAUGAAAGUCCAUCUGACCUCUGACUGUUACCAUCUUGAACCAAGUUUGUUUGUUGAUGUACAGACAUGUGCUUUGUAAAUAGAAUGUUUUUUUUUAUAUA